CACUACUGAACAUUACAAGAGAUGCGAGGCACCGUGGGUACUGCCGGCCGUCUUUGCCAUCCCCACCAGUGGCGCUGCCGCCUCCGCGGUCCCGGUGAGGGCCCAGGCUCAGGGAGGUCAGGCGGCAGGGCAGCGACGGCGCCUCGCCACCGCUCCCGUAGCCGGGGAGGGCGAGCCGGACCACGGGGGCCGCACGAGGGCUGGGUCUCAAGGGCCAGAGGCGAGGUAAACGCGCGGCGCGCUGCUGGCCCCCGUCCCGGAAGCAGGGUGGGGGGCGCUUCCCCGAGCCCCGACCCGCCCCUAGGCCGCGGAUCCACCUGGGAGCGGCCAGGGGCGGAGACCGAACCCGAGGGCGCCCGGGGCGCCGAGGGCGGGAUUGGACUCGGCUUGGGCGUGAGAUGGCGGCGGCAGCGGUGAGCAGCGCCAAGCGGAGCCUGCGGGGAGAGCUGAAGCAGCGUCUGCGGGCGAUGAGCGCCGAGGAGCGGCUACGCCAGUCCCGCGUACUGACCCAGAAGGUGAUUGCCCACAGUGAGUAUCAAAAGUCCAAAAGAAUUUCCAUCUUUCUGAGCAUGCAAGAUGAAAUUGAGACAGAAGAGAUCAUCAAGGACAUUUUCCAACGAGGCAAAAUCUGCUUCAUCCCUCGGUACCAGUUCCAGAGCAAUCACAUGGAUAUGGUGAGAAUAGAAUCACCAGAGGAAAUUUCUUUACUUCCCAAAACAUCCUGGAAUAUCCCUCAGCCUGGUGAGGGUGAUGUUCGGGAGGAGGCCUUGUCCACAGAGACAGAGUUUCGCUCUGUCGCCCAGGCUAGAGUGCAAUGGCACGAUCUCGGCUCACUGCAACUUCUGCCUUCUGGGUUCAAGCAAUUCUCCUGCCUCAGUCUCCCGAGUAGCUAGAAUUACAGGCAUGCACCACCAUGGCUGGCAAAUUUUGUAUUUUUAAUAGAGAUGGGGUUUCACCAUGUUAGUCAGGCUGAUCUCGAACUCCUGACCUCAGAUGAUCCACCUGCCCCGGCCUCCCAAAGUGCUGGGAUUACAGGCCACAGCGCCCGGCCUAUGUAUGCUUUUUAGCAUGUCAUUUGUCACAUAGGAGCUAUUGAAUAAAUGGUAAUUUAUUAAUUUUAAGCAAGGAAGUCAGAAUUAUUCAUUAUAAGAUAAACUCAUUACUAGCGAAGUAGUUAACAUUUCAGUAAUUUUCAGCAGAUAUUUUCACACAUCUACUUUGUGUCAGACACUAUUUUAGGUCUGGAAAGAUAAGGCCCUGAUUUGAAGGGACUCACACUGUAGCUGAUGAGACAGAAAAUGAACAUAAACAGAAUAUCAUAACCUGUAUUAUAUGUCAAAUAUAAGUGUCAAAUGAAAAGAUACUGAAUAUUAAAAACAUAGAAAUUUAGAAUAUGGUUCUAAAUAGAAAAAAGUCCACCAAAACCCACAACUGGUUGUUCAUUUUUUUUUCUCCUCUAGUAUUUAUUCAUGCUGUAUGUGUAAUAACAGUGGCUUUUUUCCCCCAUGCGUUUUUCUUUGCAGAUACUUGCAAUCUGAGUUGCAAAGGGAUAGAGGAUUAUACCCACAAUUUCUCGAAACUGCAGCCUGGGGUCAAAGCUCGCUGCUGUUGUUUAUAGAAAUGUUUGAGUAGGCAGCCUUGGCUGUUUGUUAUCUCCUAACAUCACACUCUGUACUGUGGAUUUCUACUUGCAUCAGCAACUUAAAAUGUGACAACUUCAGUGCUUAAGCAUACAUCUAGCUUUACAGUGUUUGGGACAAGCUGAUCAGAGCUCAGACUGUCCUUGGUGUAGCUUUUGUUAUCUGUUUAUCUUUCUUGUUUGCUCACAUUAUCAGAGCUUAGAAAAGAGUGAGCUUUUGUGUCUUCAGUUGCAAUUACAAGUUCCUAAGCAAAAAUUUCCCAUGGGCUAUUCUUGUAUUAUAUAUGUAGCAAAAGAAAUAGAGGGUUGGAUUCUUUCCCAAGUUUAUCCUCAAGGUAAGGGCUGCUUGGGCAAUUAGAUUAGAGCAGGAAUUUUUCCAGUGCAAGUAUAUAGUCUGAUUCAACCUGGCUUAAGCAAAAAUGAGAUUUUAUUGACCCAGAGACUGAAAAGUUCACGGAAUGGCUGGCUGGAUCAGUGGCAUUCGGAGCCAGUCUAUCUCUGCCUUUUGGCUUUGCUUCCAUCUAUAUCAGUUUCAUAUACUGGUGCCACAUGGUGGCCCAUGGCAGCUCUAGGUUCCAUGGCAUCCUUACUGCUAGCCGUAAAGAACAAGUUUGUUUUCUAACAGUCCGAUAAAGUCCUGGUCCUAACUCUUCUUGACCCAAAUGGGCAUCUUGAAAUUAAUCACUAUGGCCAGAGAUAUGGAAUUGGCUGACUGGCUUAGGCCUGGGUCUUAUGUGCCUGUCCCUGACCCAUUCUUUGUGACCAGGAAGAAAAAGAAGUGCCAAUUGACUUAGACUAGGUCAUAUGCCCAGCUCGGCAGCCCUACCCAAACCACUGAGCUGAGAGUAGGGUGAGAGUGUUUGUUGUGUUUCCAGAACAAGGGGGAAUGGAUACUGGAGAGUCAAAACUAAACUCACCUAUGCCGUCAAUCAUUUCUGAAAUUCUGCAGAAUAUAAUAGGCUCUUUGCAGUCAUAGCUUUUUCGGUGCUGAUUUUUAACUUAUGAUCUUCUUGGAGGCUUUUUGGGAAUUAAUAUCUAUGUGUAGGUACCUGAGCCAUAACUUAAUGAUCAUAAUGAAGACUUUCUAGUCCUCAAAUAAAACAUUUUAAAGUAAUUGAGUGGGGCAUCAUCAAGGACAGAG